AUGUUAAACAGAGAGAUAAGUUCAGUCUUACUUUUCCCAACGCACUCAUCUUGUCCACAGGAAAAUCGUUUGGCUCAAGACAUGAUCAGACGCACCUUGGCUGGUGGGACGGAUCAGGCACCUCGCCCGGCUACUCUAAAACGUCCCACGUUGAUCGUAUUGGGUGGUCUGAACAGCUGCAUCCUGAAUUGCAUGCAGUCAUUUUCUCCCACAAAGACCUCGUGGUUGCCAUGCCCUUCAAUGCCAGUGGAUAGUUUGGCUUGGUUCUCUGUUGCUGUAGUCUCCAAUAUUCUGUUCGUAAUCGGAGGUAUCAAA